AUGUCGGUUGAAGUCGAACAGCUAGUCGACUCGACGUCCGACUACGUGUCCGAGGAGGAGAUUCGCGCUCCUUCUAUUGCGCCGUCUCUCACAUAUUCUGAGGACUCUGAAGAUCAAGAUGAGCUACAGGCACCAGAGGAGACUCCUCGAAGACGGCGAGCUUCGACAAGACUAAUUGCACAGAGUCCAGCAGACGUGCAGAGAAUCACAGGCGAAUCUACCCAGCAAUUGCUUAAUCGAUGCUGUGGUGGCGGAUGUUGCAUGAAUGCACAGAUGAAAGAGCAGGGAAUCGAGUACGAACGAGUCCCACUUCCCGACAAUGAUGCCUUUCGUUCUUUGGGCUUGAAGAUUGAUGAGAUACCUACUGUCUUAACUAAGAUUGCGGACAUGCCAGAGCAGAUCACUUUCCUUCAGUCCAUUCGACGUGUCUCGGGCACUCCAUCGCCAACCGACUCGGCCAUGUCUUUCGGAAGCCCAGUCAGCUCUCCCACCAUCGAGACUAAACUCCAGAACCUUAACCUCGAGAACCUCGAUACUUCGAUACAGCCUCCUUCUUUCGUCCAGCCACACCAUCCUUUCAAUGUCUUCCCUGCCAAAAUUCACAGCACCCGUGAAUUGACGCGACCUGGAGCUGAGAAACGCACGUAUCACUUCGAUCUUGACAUUACCGACUAUCCCCACGGAGAAGGUGUAGACUUCAAGGUCGGAGGUGCCAUCGGUGUCUCUGCGCCAAACGAUACGGCUGCCGUGGAUCAGGUUUUCGACUUGCUUUUGGUUCCGCGUUACUUGCGGGACAAGCCCGUCCUGCUGCGCACUACUCGUGGCCGAUGGCCCACUGUCUGGGGCGAGGAUCAGGCUCGCGAGUUAGUUACCACCCGGCGGGAUCUUCUUACGUGGUGCUCCGAUAUCCAAUCCUAUCCACCCACCAAGUCUCUUUUACGAAUUCUAGCCGAGCAUGCUCUCGACCCUAACGAGAAGAAGAUCCUCAUGUUCCUCUGCUCUAGCCAGGGACAAGGUGUCUUUUGCGACUUCCGCACUGGCCCGCACAUCUCUCUUGCUCAGAUUCUGAGUGCAUUCCCUUCUGCAAAGCCACCUCUGGAUUUGCUGUUCUCGGUGCUCCAGCAGUUGAUGCCGCGGUUUUACUCCCUUUCUAAUGACCCCCAUGAAUCCUAUGGAAUUCGCGAUGGAAAGCAGCACCGCCUUAUUGAGUUAGCCGUCACCAUUCAAGAGACGCCUGACUGGCGGGCGGGCUGCCGAACCGGUCGCUCCUCAGCAUACGUCCCGAUGUUCAAGGGGCUUAUGGCGAACCCGUUAGCCAAGGAAUUCGUGUCUGAUGGUCCGAUGCUCCUUAUUGGGGCUGGCGUCGGCAUCGCGCCAUUCCGUGGCUUCGUUCAGCACCGCCUGAAGAAUGCUAACUGUGCCAACAAGGUAUGGGUACUUCAGGGCGUUCGAGAUUCUCUCGUAGAUGAACUAUAUGGCGGGGAGUGGGGCGUCCACGAGGAUAGAGUGAAGAAGGUUGUGCAGAGCCGACGCGGCGAGAGCCGUUAUGUCCAGGACGAGGUCAGCCACCAAGCAGAUCUUGUAUGGUCCAUCAUCAACUCAGUUGACGGACGCGUCUUCGUUUGCGGUAGCUCCAAGGGCAUGGGCGAAGGUGUCGAGGAGGCGCUUAUUAAAGUGGCCGUGAAGAAGGGCAACUUGAAGUAUGAUGAAGCAAAAAAAUUCUGGGAGUUGAAGAGAGACGUCGGACAGUACAUUACUGAGACGUGGUAA